UCUGUGAGUCAAACGAAGCCACACGGUCAAAGCAGACGCACACUCCCAGCAGCAGUCCUACCGACAUUUCCUUGAGCUGCUGACCAGAUUCAGCAUGCCGACAACUGACAGCCACUUUGUUUUCUCAGGGAUCCUGAGCUCCUGCAGCCUUUAAUUUCCAAACAGACCUCAUCAUGAUGGAGACGGAGCAAAUGACUGGAAGUUGUCCUGCCCCAAGCCAAGCAGCUGUCAGACCCUGGCUCUCCUCCAGUGCAAGAGGAGCCACCAGGACACCCGGUGACACCGCUGACCGUUUUCAUGGUGACGGGGUUCGGUACAAAGCGAAGCUCAUUGGUGUUGACCCGGUGUCCGACUCCCAGGGGGACAAGAUGUGCUGGGACUCCAUGAUGAAACUCAAGGGCAUUGAGGUAGCAUCAAGGAAACAGGGGAAACACAAACCGAGAGUUUGGCUGAAAGUUUUCUCCACCGGCCUGAAAAUCCUGGAUGAGCGGACUGGGGCUGUUCUUCAUGACCACGAGAGGAGCAGAAUCAGCUCUUUGACAAAAGAUGAGUCCGACCCCAGAGCUCUGGCUUACAUUUACCAACACCAAGACUCCUACAGCCUCUUCUACAUCAAGAUGGCCAACCUGGCAGAUUCAGUCCUGGCUGACAUCAAGGAAGUUUGUCAGCGUUUGGACCAAGAGACACCACAGGAACCUGCAGAGGCACCGACUCAAAUGAGCACCUUGCUGCCCAUCGAUGAGAGUUCAGCCGUUCCACUUGAGGGACCAGAUUUAGAGAGUGUGUUCAGUCCACGACCAGACUCUUCAUCUGGUGAAAUAAAUCAGGUUUCCUCCAGUAAUGAGCUGAUGGACGUUUUCUCCGUCCAGAUGAGGGAGCCACUGUCACCCACAGAGGGCUCCUGUAUCAGUCAGACAGAUUCUCCACAGCCACGGCCACAGCCUCAACCAAUGCUCUCCAGCUCUCAGAUCAUGUCCAUGUUCCCCACACAGCCACUAGUGGGCUCUCCAUACUCCUCUCCCCCGUACUCUCCCUCUGCCAUGCCCUGGGGUCACGCCCUGGGAAACCAGUGGGCAGCUCCACCCAUGGCUCCGUGGCCAAACAUUGCAGGUGUCACAGCGCUAGCUGCAGGCAGUCAUGGUAUGAUGACCUCUCAGCCGUGUGGGGUCAUGUGGGCAGGAAAUACACCUGCUUCGCCCACUCCUGUCAGUGGGUUCCCCAACACUGUGAACUCCAGCGGAGCUCAGCAGUCGGCAGCUCCCAGUGUGGACAAUAACCUCCUCCUGUGAUGAACGCACCCUGAUACUCAGUCAUGACUCUAACCAACAUCAGAUAACAGUAUUUCAACCAGGAGAGACGAGGAAAUGAAAAAUAAAUGUAUUACAGAUUAAACAGAA